AAUCUCUUUGGAUAAAAAACUGUCCUUCAACGGUCAAGGGAAGGUACCACUUAGGUUUAUCACGUGUGUCAUUGGUUGUGAUUUAGUUUGGUAGAUUGGCUGCUAAUUUUAUUUACUGUGACAACUUCUGUAACAUUUAUCUAAAUUUAAUAACUACAAUGUUGUGUUUUAAUGCAUUGUAAAAGUGAUGUUUUAAUGCCGUGUUUGCCCCUGAUGAAGUAUUGUAGAGGGAAUAAACGUUUAUUAUUUUGUACUAACAAGUUGGAUUUCAGGAAUCCCUAUUAUAAAACGUUACAUAUUCUUAAAUAACGUUUAUUAUUUUUUUAAUUACUCGUUGUAUUAAAUUACCGAUUCUUUAAGGCAAAAUGAGAUUAAUAAGUCAAGAAAAACUUUCUGAACUUCAGAAAAAUCCUAAAAACAUAAGAAAUAUAUGUAUUGUUGCCCAUGUUGAUCAUGGAAAAACAACUUUGGCAGACUCUCUCAUUGCAAGUAAUGGUGUAAUAUCUCCCAGAAUGGCCGGGAAGUUAAGGUACAUGGACAGCAGGAAAGAUGAGCAAGAGAGAGGAAUAACUAUGAAGAGCAGUUCCAUUUCACUAUAUCAUACACUAGGUGGUUCAGAGUACCUGAUCAAUUUAAUUGAUUCGCCCGGUCAUGUGGAUUUUUCCUCCGAAGUUUCCACAGCUGUUAGACUUUGUGAUGGUGCGAUUCUAGUAAUAGAUGUUGUUGAAGGUGUUUGCCCUCAAACUCAGGUUGCAUUAAGACAAACUUGGAUUGAAAAUAUCAAACCCGUUCUUGUGCUGAACAAAAUCGAUAGACUGAUUUUAGAAAUGAAAUUGACACCUUUAGAUGCUUUUAUUCACUUAACUCAAAUUUUAGAGCAGGUUAAUGCGGUAAUGGGUGAAUUGUUUGCUACUGAAGUACUCGGAAGAACUGAAAAAGAAUCUUCUCAAACACCGAACCAAACUCAUACUACUUAUGAUUGGGAUUCUGGAUUAGAUGAUGCAGAUGAUUCAAACAUUUAUUUUUCACCAGAAUUAGACAACGUAGUUUUCGCUAGUGCUAUAGAUGGCUGGGGUUUUCGGCUAGAUAACUUUGUCAAUUUAUAUGCAACAAAGUUUGAUUUAGAUGAACAACAUUUAAAAAAAUGUCUUUGGGGAGAUUUUUACUUUAACUCGAAAACAAAAAAAAUCUUACCUGGUGCUCAGGAAAAGGCCAAAAAACCCAUUUUUGUCCAGUUUGUUCUGGAUAAUAUUUGGGCUCUUUAUGAUACGAUUUGUGUCAGAAAGGAUAAAGAAAAACUUUCAAAAAUUAUCGAGACUGUUGGUGUAAAAAUAACAACUAGAGAUAUGCGACACAACGAUCCUAAAGUUCAAUUGCAAGCCGUUAGCAGCCAGUGGCUGCCCUUGGCAAAUUCAGUGCUCGAAAUGGUUUGUCAGAUCUUACCACCCUCCAAUCAGCUUCCAGAAGAAAAAGUUGAAAAGCUGAUGUGCUCUACUAAAGAAAGCUUACAACAUUAUCCGCUUGAAACUCAGUCUUUGAAAAAGGCAUUUCUGAAUUGCUCGUCAACUGAAAAUGAUCCACUUAUUGUUUACAUUUCAAAAAUGUUUCCAAUGGAAAGAAAAUCACUUCCUCAAAACAGACCACAAGCUCUGACUCCUGAAGAAAUGGCUAAGAGGAGGGAGCAGGCCAAAUUGCGCCACGCUGCUAAAUUAGCCGGAACAGUUUUAGAAGACGAAGCCGACAAGGCUCCAACACCAGAGCCUGAACCUGAACUUUCUGAAGAUGUAUUCAUUGCGUUUGCGAGGGUCUAUAGUGGGUGUUUAAAGCAGGGUUCGUCAGUUUAUGUUCUCGGGCCAAAACAUGAUCCUGCUGAAGCUCUGAGAAUGAUUAAAAAAGGAGAAGAAAUAGAAGAAAACAUACCUGUUAAGGACUGGAAACCAGGACAUCAUGCAACGAAGAUCAAGAUAUCAGAACUCUAUCUUAUGAUGGGAAGAGAGUUGGAAAUUGUAAACGAAGCUCCUGCUGGAAACGUUAUCGGUAUCGGUGGUCUUGACGACUAUGUCUUAAAGUCUGCUACUCUUUCAUCCGAAAUAUUUUGCCCUUCAUUCUCGGAAAUAACACUCAUGGCAGUUCCUAUUUUGAGAGUUGCCGUAGAGCCUGUCAAACCUUCUGAUCUUCCUCAGUUAAUCAAGGGUUUGAAACUUCUAAAUCAAGCCGAUGCUUGUGUACAGGUUUUAGUUCAAGAAACUGGAGAACAUGUGUUAAUCACAGCAGGUGAAGUUCAUUUGGAAAGAUGUCUUGAUGAUCUUCGCACUAGGUUUGCUAAAAUAGAAAUUAAUUCUUCCGAACCUAUCAUCCCUUUUCGAGAAACUGUUGUCCCUCCACCCGUACUCGAUAUGGUUAAUGAAGCAAUACAAGAACAAUACAUAUCUAAGAAGGAAACAACAGAAAGCUCAAAUGUAGAUUCGGAAGGCUUAGUAACAAUGACUACUCCGGGCAAGCAAGCUGAAAUAAAAAUUUUGUGUGCCUCUCUUCCCGCCAGUGUUACAGAUAUUUUAGAUAAAAAUGUUGACCUAAUCAAAAUAGUUGACAAAUUUAUUAGCAGUUUGGAAAAAAUCAACAAAAUCGAGGAUGGUUUAGACAAGUUGAAUUUGAAAGAUGAAAACAUAACAAAUAUUCCAUUACAACUGUCCGAGAAAACAUUACGAGAAAUAAGUAUUUUUAAAGAAAAGUUAGCUCAUGCCUUCAGUGAGGCAGGUCCUCCAUGGAGUGAAGAUAAUUUUGUUGAAAAAAUUUGGAGCUUUGGUCCUAGGCGUUGUGGUCCGAAUAUAUUAUUUAAUACAAUCCAAGGUUACCAUCAUAAUUUUUGGGAACAAGCCACUGCUGAAGUCAGUAACAGUAUGUUACAUGAAUACAACAGCAGUUUCAUAAACGGUUUCCAAAUGGCCACGUUGGCAGGGCCACUGUGCGAAGAGCCUAUGAUGGGUGUCGCUUUUAUCAUCAAAGAUUGGACAAUUGAAAGUACUGCGAGCGGUGCUUAUGGCCCUUUCUCCGGCCAGAUAAUGUCUGCUGUUAAAGAAGGUUGCAGAAAGGGUUUCCAAGCCCAACCACAGAGACUCAUGGCUGCCAUGUAUAAGUGCAACAUACAAGUCAAUGCUGAAGUCUUAGUUCCCCUAGCAUCUGCGCAUGGAGAGCCCUAUGUCCUAUACGUUACUCUAGAAAGACUUCUUGAAUCGCGUAAUGGUCUUGCUUUACGUUUCGAAGUUGUCGGUGUAGGAGAUGCUGAAUAA